UGGAGCGGGUCUAUUAACAUGUGAUGGAUGGGAAGGAGCAGCUAUUCUGGCAGUUCAGAGGAAACCUGGUGUUUGAUGUGGACAGAGGUUUUAACUUCUCUGUGUCUGGCUUUUGAAGGAUACUGUAUGCUUCUGUAGGAACAAUACGUCUUUCUUUCUGUGCCUGUAUAACUCUUUCUAACUCCAUAACUGUUCCUCUGUAUUUUUCUGGCAGUUCAGGCAUGUGCAUCUGCAAGAUUGGAAUGCACGGGGACAAGUGUGAUGCAUGCUGCCCAGGCUUCUCGCACUUCAACAGCACGGGGUGCCAACCUUGCCAAUGCAAUAAUCAUAGCAGCUACUGCCACCCACAAUCAGACUCAAGCGGCCAGCCUUUCUGUGUCCAGUGCAAGCCAGAGUACCAGGGUCCCAACUGUGAGCAGUGUAGUGAUGGCUUCUACAAUGCCGACAGCAUCUGCCUUCCCUGUAACUGCAGCGGGAACGGAGACCCCCACAUAUCCCCUCAGAUCUGUCACCCGGACACAGGCCACUGCCUGAGCUGCAUCAACAACACUACGGGGCUGCACUGCGAGCGCUGCGCAGAGGGCUUUACAGGGGACGCACUAGCCAGGAACUGCACUCCUACAGGUGAGAGCCUGCAGUAGUAAAACCUCUAGUGAUUUUUGGCUGCAGUUGGGUAAAUUAGGGCUGUGCCCAUAGGCG